AUGCUAACAAGUUGCAAUCUUCUCUUUGCUCUAGCAGUUUUCCUACUGCUUCAUCACCAUACUUCACUGGCUAAGUUUCCCAGUAUCAGCACUGAUGAAGCAGCCCUUCUUGCCUUGAAAUCUCACAUUUCUGUUGAUCCUAACAACAUCUUAGCAACUAACUGGUCUUCUUCCAGCCCAGUAUGCAGCUGGAUUGGAAUCACUUGCAACUCUCGCCACCAUAGAAUCGCAGCUUUGGACAUUUCUAGCAUGCAAUUUCAUGGUACUAUUCCUCCACACCUUGGAAACCUUUCAUUUCUCACUUCCCUCAUCAUCAGCAACAACAAUUUCCAUGGGGAGUUUCCAGAAGAAUUGGCUCAUUUGCAGAGGUUGAAAAUGUUUCGUUGCUCAAAAAAUAACUUCACUGGUGCUAUUCCAUCAUUUUUAAGUUUGUUAUCAAACCUUCGCUUUGUUUACCUAUUCGGAAACCAGUUUUUCGGAGGAAUCCCAUCUUCCCGUUCCAAUCUAACACAGCUGAAAGAGUUGAGUAUGUCUGGAAAUUAUCUCGAAGGAGAGAUCCCUCGAGAACUUGGCGAUAUUUGUUAUAUGACUAUCCUAGAUCUGCAAGAUAACAAGCUUAGAGGCCCUAUACCACCAUCAAUCUUUAACAUUACAACAAUGCAAACCAUUGCUCUUUCCAAAAACAAUCUUACUGGUAAGUUUCCAACAACUAUAUGUGAUCAUCUUCCAAACUUGGAAGGGCUUUACAUCUCAGAAAACAUCCUAGAUGGCAUUAUUCCACCAAACCUAGAAAAAUGCAUAAAGCUUCAAAUCUUGUCAUUGUCUAAUAAUGACUUCACUGGAACUGUACCGAGAGAGUUAGGCAACUUAACAUCUCUUACAGGAUUAGCUCUUGGAGGACAGCACUUGGAAGGAGAGAUCCCUCAAGAACUCGGUGCUCUUCGUUACCUGACUUCAUUAUACCUGCAAGAGAACCAGCUUACUGGCUCUAUACCACCAUCAAUCUUUAACAUUACGACAAUGGAAAAGAUUAUUCUUACCAGCAACAAUCUUACUGGUAUUGAUAUAUUUCCCCACUUGACAGGAGAGAUACCUGUGGAGCUAGGUAAUCUUAAGAAACUACAAACACUGUCAUUAUACCAGAAUGAGUUUACUGGUUCUAUCCCUGCAAGCAUUUUCAACAUGUCAGCACUGCAGAACCUAGCACUUGAACAAAACAGGCUUUCAGGUACUCUACCAUCAGAUUUAGGCCGUGGAAUGCCCAGCAUAGAAAAAAUUAAUUGUGCAUAUAAUCAGAUGAGUGGUUUUAUCCCUGCUUCUAUCUCAAAUUCUUCAAGACUCAGAGGGCUUGAUCUCGGAGACAAUAGGUUCACAGGUCCAAUUCCUGAGUCCCUCGGUAACUUAGAAUACCUUGAGAUGCUGAACUUGCAGUGGAACGAUUUUUCCAGUGAUUCAGCAAUGAGCUUCCUGACAUCUUUGACAAACUGUAGGAAAUUAAGGGUCCUCAGUUUUGCUGAGAAUCCGUUGGAUGGUGUUUUUCCUGCAUCAGUUGGAAAUUUUUCUGCUAUGCAAAUUUUUGAAGGACAGGGUUGUAAACUGAAGGGCGUCAUUCCUGAAGAAAUUGGUAAUCUUACUGGAAUGACAAGGAUGAGUCCGCAAAACAAUGAGUUGGCUGGACAUAUUCCUAAAACUGUCCAAGACAUGUUGAUACUUCAAGAACUUUACCUAUAUGGAAACAAGAUAGAAGGAACCAUACCAAAUGUUAUCUGCAAUUUAAAGAGUCUUGGUGCAUUAGAUUUGUCAGGAAAUCAUUUUUCUGGUUCAGUGCCACCAUGCUUAGGGAACGUUACCAGUUUGAGGAAUCUUUAUUUAGCUUACAACAGGCUUAAUUCAAGAUUACCUACAAGCUUGGGGAGCCUUAAAGAUUUGAUGGAGUUCAAUGUUUCAUCCAAUCUAUUAAGUGGGCAUAUUCCUCUAGAGAUUGAAAAUUUAAAGGCUGCAACACUCAUUGAUCUAUCAAACAAUAAUUUUUCUGGUAAGAUUUCUAACACUUUAGGGGGUCUUGAUAAAUUGAUUAAACUUUCUCUAGCACAUAAUAUAUUAAACGGGCCUAUUCCUGAUUCAUUUGGCAAAAUGUUGGCCUUGGAAGUCUUGGAUUUGUCUUUUAACAAUCUUAGUGGUGAGAUUCCAAAGUCACUAGAAGCUCUUAUAAAUCUCAAAUAUCUGACAUCUCAUUCAAUAAACUCAGUGGAGAGAUUCCCACUGGAGGUCCUUUUGCAAAUACCACAUGUCAAUCUUUCUUGUUCAAUGAUGCUCUUUGUGGCGAUUCUAAGUUUCAUGUGUCACCAUGUGUCGUCAAAUCUACUAAGAGGUCAAAGAGGAAAAAAGCAAUCUCGGCUUUGUCAAGCAGGUCUGUCUCUGGUAAAAGGGCAUGAAAGGAUUUCCUAUUAUGAACUUGAACAAGCAACAGAAGGAUUCAGUAAAAGCAACUUGCUUGGUAGUGGAAGUUUCAGCAUGGUCUAUAAAGGGAUGCUUAAGGAUGGUACUCUUUUUGCAGCAAAGAGCAUUAGUAUUGGAAUACAUGCCGGAUGGGACACUUGA